AUGGUCGCCUCAACAACCCAACGCCCGGUGCGAAUCUCGAUAGAUCGUGGAGGUACCUUUACCGACUGCAUUGCCCGUGUAGAUGGCCGCGAGGACAUCAUCAUCAAGAUCCUGUCCGUCGAUCCCCGCAACUACCCCGAUGCACCCACUGAGGCCAUCCGCCAGGUCCUCGAACGAUUCUACGGUCAUGAGAUUCCCCGUGGUACGCAUCUCAACCUCGACCAUGUUGAAUGGAUUCGCAUGGGCACCACCGUAGCCACAAACGCGCUGCUAGAACGCAAGGGUGAGCGCACAGCCUUCUUGGUGACAUCGGGAUUCAAGGAUGUCUUGCAGAUCGGCAACCAGUCGCGCCCCUACAUGUUCGACCUGGCUAUCAGGAGGCCGGACCCUCUGUACUCGGAGGUAUUCGAGGUGGACGAGCGCGUCGUGCUCGAGUCGUGCACCGACUCGGACCUGCGCACCCGGAAGCUCACGUCGCCGCCCGCGCUGGACGUGGUGACGGGUACAUCUGGCGAGACAGUGCACGUCAUCAAGCCGAUCGACGUUGAGGGGACGCGGGCGUACCUGCAGAAGUUGCACGACGACGGCUUCCGCUCUGUGGCCGUGUGCCUGAUGCACUCGUACAUCUUCCCCGCGCAUGAGAUCGAGGUUGGCAGACUGGCCAGGGAAAUUGGCUUCGACCAGAUCACCCUGUCGCACAAUGUGUCGCAGCGCCCCAAGCUCGUGCCGCGAGGCAACUCGGCCGUCGUGGACGGAUACCUCACUCCGUCUAUCGACCAGUACCUUCGCCAGUUCGCAGCCAGCUUUCCCUACCUAGACGAGCAGGGGGCAACACGCCUGGAGUUUAUGCAAUCGGACGGUGGUCUGGUUCCGGCCUCGGCCUUGAGGGGUCUGCAUUCCAUCCUGUCCGGUCCUGCAGGCGGAGUCGUCGGUUACUCGCAGACUUGCUACGACCAGGCAUCCAAGACGCCCGUCAUCGGAUUCGACAUGGGCGGUACCAGCACCGACGUCAGCCGCUUCGACGGUCAGCUGGAUCACAUCUUCGAAACGACCACGGCGGGCAUCAGUAUCCACGUUCCUCAACUCAAUGUCAACACGAUUGCUGCCGGAGGCGGUAGUAUUCUUGCUUGGCGCGACGGCCUUAUGUCUGUCGGUCCCGAGAGCGCCUCAUCGCAUCCCGGUCCGGCUUGUUACCGGAAAGGAGGCCCUCUCACUGUCACCGAUGCCAACCUGGCACUCGGACGACUUCUCCCGGAGCAUUUCCCGUCUGUGUUUGGCCCCGACGAGGAUCAACCCCUGGACAGUGAGAUUGUCGUCACCAAGUUCAAGGACUUGACAGAGGUCAUCAACCGUGAGAAUAACCGGUCGCUGUCCUGGACCGAGGUUGCCGACGGGUUCCUGCAGGUUGCCAACUCGGCCAUGUGCGGCCCCAUCCGCAGUCUCACCGAGGCCCGCGGUCACAACACGGCCGACCACCACCUCGCUUCUUUCGGCGGCGCUGGAGGCCAGCACGCAUGCGCCAUAGCCGAGGCUCUGGGUAUCCGCCGUGUGACCAUCCACAAGUACUCGUCCAUCCUCUCGGCCUACGGCAUCGGCCUUGCCGAUGUAGUUCACGAGGAGGAGCGGGCUUGUGCUAAGGCGUAUAGCGGCGACAACGUAGCCACCGUCGAUAGUGAUCUGGAGGCUCUGAGUCAGGAGGCUCGGGACCAUUCGUCAAUGCAAGGAUUCAACCAUGUAGACACGCAGCGCUUCGUCAGCAUGCGCUAUGAUGGUAGCGACACAUCCAUCAUGGUAUACCUCGACGACGGCGUCGAUGCCAAGAAGAAGUUUGUAGACGCCCACCACCAACAAUUCGGGUUCACGCCCGUCAACCGCGACAUCUUCGUCGACACCAUCCGGGUCCGCGCCGUCGCCAAGUCGCCUUCAGCAGAGGAUCCCACCAAGAGCGCGAACCCGCCAUCAGCAGCAGUCGAAUCUGGUACUCUCCCCAAACCCACGUCGGUCAAGUCCGUGUACUUUAACAUGGUUGAGUGGGUUGACACACCCGUCUACCUCUUUGACCAGAUCCCUCGCGGGAUCUCCGUCCAGGGUCCUGCCCUUAUUGUUGAUGAGACACAGACGCUUAUUGUCAGCCCGUCCUCGUCGGCACGCAUCAUAGACGAUAAGCUGAUCAUAGAUGUGAGUCCACCGGCUAGCAAGAACGUCAGCUCCACUGUUCUGGAUCCCGUGGCGCUGUCCGUCUUCCGUCAUCGUUUCAUGGGUGUCGCCGAGCAGAUGGGUCGUGUCCUCCAGAACGUCAGUGUGAGCGCCAAUAUCAAGGAGCGGUUGGACUUCAGCUGUGCCAUCUUCACACCGGAAGGCUCUCUGGUCGCCAAUGCUCCCCACGUCCCUGCCAUGAUUGGAAGCAUGGCUUUUGCCGUGAAGGGACAGAUUGAGCACUGGUCUGGGAAGCUCAGAGAUGGAGAUGUCCUCCUGUCUAAUUCGCCAGUAGCCUUCGGAGGUACCCAUCUUCCCGAUCUGACUGUCGUCACUCCCGUCUUCGAUACCAAGGGCAAGGAGAUCAUCUUCUGGGCAGCAUCCCGCGGUCACCACGCAGACGUAGGUGGAAUCCUCCCGGGUUCUAUGCCGCCCAACUCGAAAUUCCUGUCCGAGGAGGGUGCUGUCUUCGAUUCAUUCCUUCUCGUGCGGGACGGCGUCUUUGCGGAGAAGGAGCUCCGGCGUAUCCUCUGUGAAGAACCUGCCAAUCAGCCCGGAUGCAGCGGUACCCGAUGCUUCAACGACAAUAUGACAGACAUCAAGGCACAAGUAGGAGCCAACCACACCGGUAUCCGUCUAGUGCGCCAGUUGAUCGAGGAGUACACCAUGGAAGUGGUGCAGGUGUACAUGCGCGCGAUCCAAGACUCGGCUGAACUAGCGGUGCGCAACCUCUUUAAGAAGUUGGCACCCCGGUUUCAAGGUUCCGAGCUCUCGGCCAUCGAUUAUAUGGACGACGGGACACCGAUCCAGCUCAAGGUGACCAUCAAGGCCGAGGAUGGAUCGGCCUUGUUCGACUUCUCGGGGACCGGGGCUGAGGUGUACGGUAACUGGAAUGCCCCUGUGGCCAUCUGCAACUCGGCCGUCAUCUACGCGCUGCGAUGCAUGGUCGACUCGGACAUCCCCCUCAACCACGGCUGCAUCAAGCCCAUCACCAUCCAGAUCCCCGACCAGUCGCUCCUGAAGCCGAGUCACCAGGCGGCAGUAUGCGCCGGCAACGUGCUCACGUCGCAGCGCAUCGUCGACGUCAUCUUCCGUGCCUUCCGCGCCUGCGCCGCCAGCCAGGGCUGCAUGAACAACUUCACCUUUGGCUUCGACGGCGAGGACGGCUUCGGCUACUACGAGACCAUCUCGGGCGGCAGUGGCGCCGGGCCUUCCUGGGUCGGCACCAGCGGCGUGCACACCAACAUGACCAACACACGCAUCACUGACCCGGAGUCCCUCGAGAGGCGGUAUCCGGUCGUCCUUCGUCGCUUCUGCCUCCGUAGCGGGAGCGGUGGCGAUGGCGCGCUGCGCGGUGGCGACGGUGUCGUUCGCGAUGUUGAGUUCCGGAUGCCCAUGUCUGCAUCCAUCCUCUCCGAGCGCCGAAGCUUUGCCCCCUACGGCAUGGCCGGUGGCUCAGAGGGUCAGCGUGGGCGUAACACGUGGGUGCAGAUGUCGACGGGACGCAGGAUCAACAUCGGGGGCAAGAACUCCGUGGCUGUGGAAGCUGGUGACCGUGUUGUCAUCGAGACGCCUGGAGGUGGAGGAUACGGUGCAGCGGAAGAUGGCAGGAAGGUUCCUGCUGACUUGUCAAAGACGCAGCCCUCGUUCAUGGCCGUUGCUGGUGGGAGCGUGGGAGCUGCUAGGGAUCUGGCAGAGCAGUCUUGA